AUGCCUUAUAACACGAGAAGAAAGUCGCUCUCCCUCUCCGAGCUCGGUAUCACCGUCCCCAAACGCUCUCGCGCUUCUUCGCAAUCCCACCCCUCGCCGCCAGCUACCGUCAUUGAUGACGAGCCCGUCCCCAAGAAGCCCAAGCGGUCGCACGACUCCUUGUCGCCUCCUCCGGCACUCAUGAGUCCACCCAAGACAAAAACUUUGUCUAUCCGAACGGAACCACCCUCGCGAUUGGCCGAGCACACUCCUCCGCCAUCACCCGGAACGCAGACGGUGCACACGAUAGACACGGAAGGCAUCAGCGACGAUGUGGUUGUGGCAACCAUCAAGCAAUUGGAAAAGACUGGCAACAGACCACACCUUGUCAAGGAAUUGGCUGCAGUUUUGUGUCACUGCAUAGGCGCCGUGGAGAAGUCUGCCAAUCCUGCCAACCUGAUCUCGUCGCGUCUCACCAGCUACCUCAACCGUUCUUGGCCCGCCGUCAGUCCUUGUCCACUGGCCAAGUACCAGUCCCAAGUCCACCCCCGCCCUCUGUACUAUUUUUUGACCACUCAACCCCAUCAACCCAUUCCUGAGCUCUCGCAAUCCCACGACAUUCCCGCCGCCCGUCGCAUCAUUACUCCUGCUCUCUCAUCCGCCGCCGAUGACGAGGACGAGAAGUACAGCAGGUCACGCGCCUCGCUCUCUCCCGAAGUCGAUCUGUCCAGUCCCGAACUUGACGAGCCGCCGCAUGGUGACAUUGGCUCCACCUUCCACCCCCGUCAUUCGCUGUCGCGCGACCAUCCUCCCACAACCUCCAACCUCGCCCACAAUCGCCGUGCUGAUAGCCCUCCCCUUGAGCGUGAAGAACGCGAUUUCAAGCAGACAGCAAACGCCCUGCAAGAGCUGCGUCGCGCAAGCCAAGAAAUCAUCACCAAGCCCAUCAAGGUUGAGGCUACUGAGACAAUCGCCAUGUCGGUCGAGGAAGAUGACAGCAACGUCGAAACCACCGACGACCUUUUCGAUGGUCAUGACCACCUCUCCUCAUCCGUGAGCACCCUCUACGAUUUGAGCAGCCCUCUUUUGAGACCCGAAGGUUUCUACGAUCUCAAGACGCAGCAAGCUCAAAGCUGGAACACCGAAAAGAGAGUCUCAAUCGACGCCAUGUCUUUGGAUGACCGGGACGAUGACGCUAUGGACAUGUGGAACGACUUCCGAAGCCCUGAGAACAUCGACCUUGACGAACUCGAAUGUCUUCUGGACGCCUACUAG